AAGAGAGAGGUCAAUAAGAAAGUGCUCAAAGUCCCUGGCAUUGAACAGAAGGUUCUAGAUGCUACUAGCAAUGAGCCAUGGGGUCCACAUGGAUCCCUUCUUGCUGAUCUUGCGCAAGCUUCGAGAAAUUACCAUGAAUACCAGCUGAUCAUGGUGGUCAUUUGGAAACGCCUCAGCGAUACUGGAAAGAAUUGGCGGCAUGUCUAUAAGGCUUUGACAGUUUUGGAGUACAUGGUAGGCCAUGGGUCAGAACGUGUUAUAGACGAGAUUAGAGAGCGUGCAUAUCAAAUUUCGACAUUGUCCGAUUUUCAGUAUAUUGACUCCGGUGGUAGAGAUCAAGGAAGCAAUGUUAGGAAGAAAUCACAGGGUCUGGUGGCGCUGGUUAAUGACAAAGAAAGAAUAGCUGAGGUCAGACAGAAGGCUUCUGCUAACAGAGAUAAGUAUCGCAGCUCAGCACCAGGUGGGAUGUAUAAGCCUUCAGGAGGAUAUGGGGACAAAUAUGAUUACGGAUCCCGGGAUGAAGAGCGAAGUAGCUAUGGAAGAGAAAGAGAAUAUGGUUACAGGGAUGAUGACAGAAAUAGUCGUGAUGGAGAUCGUCAUUCCAGAGACUCUGAAGACCGAUAUGGGAGAGAUGGUAACAGGGAAGAUGAUUACAGAGGAAGGAGCAGAAGUGUUGAUAACUACCAACAGGGAUCACGAGGUAGGAGUUCAGAUAGAGAACGGACAUUUGAGGAUGAUGGCCAUUCUUCACGGGCUAGUGGUGCUCGAGCUGAUGAUAAUUCUCAGGAUGGGAGAGGGCAGCUCCAGAGGAAGUUUUCCGAACAAAAUAUUGGUGCGCCACCAAGCUAUGAAGAAGCUGUCAGUGAAUCACGCAGCCCUGUAUAUAGUGAGAGGGAUGGUGGGGAGACCCCACAAGUUGCUGCUCCAGGAGCUGCUUCUCCUCCUCCUCCACAAGCUGUUGCUCCAGGAGCUGCUUCUCCUCCUCCCCCACAAGCUGCUGCUCCAGGGGCAGCUUCCCCUCCUGCUGGAAGCAACACAGACAAUAAAUCUGCUGGUUUUGUUAAUGAAUCUUCUUCUCAGAAAUUUGAGACUUUUGAUGAAUUUGAUCCACGCGGUGCGUUUUCAGCUGCCCCUCCAGCAUAUGCACCUGCAGACGGUGUUUCAGCUCCUCCAACAGCGGCUUCUACGUCUGCUCCUCCCUCCUCAAACAGUGUUGAGAUGGACUUGCUUGGCUCCCUUGCAGACGUAUUUUCAUCAAAUGCAUUAGCCAUUGUACCGGCUGAUUCUUCCCCUGUGGAAACCAAUGGACAAGCAAAUGCUCCGUCGUUUUCUUCAUCUCAGCCAUCAACUCAGCCAUUUGAUGACCCAUUUGGUGACUCUCCUUUUAAAGCCUUCACUUCAACAGACACCGAUUCAAACCCGCAGCAGAGCUUUGGAGCUCCUUUCCAGCCAGCACCACCAGCUGAUACUGCUCAUAACUUUGGCUUUGGGGACUCAUUUUCCGCUGUUGCCAAUCCUGAUACUGCUGCUCAGAAUGUGCAACCUCCAUCAGACUCGCAAGGUUUUCCGCAAGAGCAGUUCGCCACACCUCAGAAUGAUUUUGAUAUUCUUGCUGGCAUUCUCCCACCAUCUGGUCCUCAACAACCGGGUGCCUCAAUACCAACAUCUCAGUUUCCUCCCAGUGGAAACAACACGUACGAUGGAUUUCAUCAUCAACCGGCAUCUGGUGCUUCAAACAUGCCUGGACAAACUCCAUUCGGGCAAGCUGCACAGCAAUAUAACAUGGUUCCACAUUCUCAAAACAUGACUGGAGCCACGCCGUUUCACAGUGGAGGCUUCAUGCAUCAGCCAGGCUCAGCCAGUUACACUCCUGGAGUAGUGACUUCACACCCUACAAGCGAAAGCUUUCUUCCACGAACGGUUUCUGCCACUUCAUUGAGCUCACAGACUCCUUACUCUACCCCCAGUGGACCAACUGGUCAGUUCAUGGCACACCAGGGUCAUGGAAUGCCGCCUUCUCAUGGUCCACAACGAACUCAAUCCGGACCUGUUACUCUGCAAGGGAACAACAACUUCAUGGGAGACAUGUUUUCACAAGGUGGACCAACAAACUCCUUGGCGUCAUCGUCAUCUCAUCCAGAUCUCACACCUUUAACAGGAGCGAUUGAGGUUGUUCCUCAGCCUCAGAAAAAGUUUGAGCCAAAAUCAUCAGUCUGGGCCGACACGUUAAGCAGGGGGCUUGUUAACUUUAACAUAUCUGGACCUAAAACAAAUCCAUUGGCAGACAUAGGAGUUGACUUCGAGGCGAUCAACAGGAGAGAGAAACGGCUAGAGAAACCGACAAACACACCAGCAACAUCGACUAUCAACAUGGGUAGAGCCAUGGGAUCAGGCACUGGCUUAGGCCGUGCCGGUGCAACCGCUAUGAGACCUCCGCCAAAUCCAAUGGUAGGCUCUGGCAUGCCCAUGGGCGGAGGAAUGGGUGUCCCUGGAUAUGGAGGUAUGAACCAAAACCAAAACCAACCCAUGGGUAUGGGUAUGGGUAUGGGAAUGGGAAUGGGACCCGGCAUGAACAUGAACAUAGGAGGAUACGGCCAAGGCUAUCCGAUGCAGCCGCAGAACCCCGGGAUGGUUCCUGGUCCAAACAUGCCUGGCAACAACUAUAACCCGAUGAUGGGUCAAGGUGGUUACAACCCUCAACAAUCCUACGGUGGUGGAUACCACCGG